AUGACCCUAUUCAAAUCUCAAGAUCUUUGGGAUUUGGUAGAACAAGGCUACGCAGAUCCUGAUGAAGAAACAAGAUUGAAGGAGAAUAAGAAGAAAGAUUCGAAGGCGUUGGUGAUUAUUCAGCAGGCUGUUCAUGACAGCAUCUUCUCACGAAUUGCAGCGGCAACCACAUCGAAGCAAGCUUGGUCAACUCUGCAGAAGGAGUUUCAAGUUAGUCAAAUGCGAUCGUACGACGAGAAGAUUUCUGAUGAAACAGUUGUUGCAAAGGUACUGAGAAGCUUGACUCAAAAGUUUGAUCACGUUGUUACUGCCAUCGAAGAAUCUAAGGAUUUGUUAGUUUUUUCCUUUGAUGAACUGAUGGGGUCCUUGCAAGCACAUGAGACAAGAAUUAAUCGAUCAUUUGAAAAGAAUGAAGAAAAGCCAUUUCAAGUGAAGGACAUAGUCACCAAAGCUGCAGAAAGCGACAGUUCGACAAACAGAGGCCGUGGAAGAGGAGGAUUCCGUGGUCGUGGUCGUGGUCGUGCUGAUUGUUGGUACAAAGAUCAGCAAGUGAAUUAUGCUGCAAAAAAUGGAGAAGAAAGUUGUAAGCUUUUUAUGACUCAUUUUGAUCCUAACAAUAUGUCAAGCGAUGUGUGGUUCGUAGACAGCGGCUGUUCGAAUCAUAUGACAAGGAUGAAAUCGUUAUUCAAAGAGCUUGAUGAGAAGCAGAAGUUGAAGGUGCAGCUGGGAAAUGCCAAAGAAAUGCAAGUUGAAGGGAAAGGUACAGUGAGCAUAAAACUACCCAUGGUAACAUAA